UGCAUGGUCUUCCCUACUGCUGCUCCUCGGCCAGCUCGGUCCCCUUGGCCCCGCCACUCAUCCACUGCAGUCUCCCCGGCUCAGACAUGGCCUCAAGCGCCGCCACCUCCGCAGUGAAGAUCGGAAUUAUUGGUGGAACAAGCCUGGAUGAUCCAGAAAUUUUAGAAGGAAGAACUGAAAAAUAUGUGGAUACUCCAUUUGGCAAGCCACCUGAUGCCUUAAUUUUGGGGACGAUUAAAAAUGUUGAUUGCGUUCUGCUUGCAAGGCAUGGGAGGCAGCAAACCAUCAUGCCUUCAAAAAUCAACUCCCAGGCAAACAUCUGGGCUUUGAAGGGAGAAGGAUGUACACAUGUCAUAGUGACCACAGCGUGUGGCUCCUUGAGGGAGGAGAUUCAGCCUGGUGAUAUCAUCAUUAUCGAUCAGUUCGUCGACGGGACCACUAUGAGGCCUCAGACCUUUUAUGAUGGAAGUCAUUCCUGUACCAGAGGAGUGUGCCACAUUCCCAUGGCUGAGCCACUUUGCCCCAAAACGAGAGAGGUCCUCAUCGAGACUGCUAAGAAGCUUGGACUCGGGUGUCACUCAAAGGGGACAAUGGUGAUAACUGAAGGACCUCGUUUUAGCUCCCGGGCAGAAAGCCUUGUGUUCCGCACCUGGGGGGCGGAUGUCAUCAACAUGACCACAGUUCCAGAAGUGGUUCUUGCCAAGGAGGCUGGACUCUGCUAUGCAAGUAUCGCCAUGGCAACAGAUUAUGAUUGCUGGAAGGAGCACGAGGAAGCAGUUUCCGUGGACCGGGUCUUAAAGACCCUGAAAGAAAAUGCCAAUAAAGCCAAAAGUUUACCUCUCACCACUAUUCCUCAGAUAGGGUCCAUGGAAUGGUCAGAAACCCUCCAUAACCUGAAGAAUAUGGCCCAGUUUUCUGUUUUAUUACCAAGACAUUAAAUAGCAUGGCUGCCCAGAAGAAGGCUUUCUAACUCCAGUUGCU